AUGAUAAUUACUCUGUUAAUUUUUUAUGUAUUUGUUUCAGAUGAAACGCCAGUCCCUUUUGUGUUUUUCACCAAAUCCUGGGCGGUAGUCAAUGCUUGGUCUAUAUUAUGUCAAAUUGCUCCUGCGCAUGCCGCCGACUGGUGGCUGAAAAUGACAGGACGAGAACCAAAGUACGCCAAACUUAUGCACAACGUGAUCGCGAUUCGAAAUGCCGUGGACUAUUUCACCGCUGGUGUCUGGCCUAUGAAGUCGGACCGAGCGAGGGACCUCAUCUCCAGCCUGUCUGAAGAAGACCAGGAGAAGUUCCCUUGUAACCCCUCGCACAUCAACUGGCAAGAGUAUAUUCGAGAUUACUGUAAUGGAGUGUUCCGGUAUCUGAAAGCUAGGAAUUGACAUUUAUUUAUUUACCAGCUGCGACUGCGACUUUGUUCACGUGAAUCUUAACGAAGAAGUUAAUUAGUCAAUAAAUAUUGUAUAAACAUUGUAAGAGUAGCCAGAGUUAGUUAGUCAAGAUUACAUCAACUAACUACCAAUUACCUAAAGCCCCGCCA